GCUUCCCCGCGCCAUGCAGCACAGCCCGGCGCCCGCCGUGCUGGUCACCACCAGGCAAAUUCAGAAUAUGCACACGGGGCUGGAUUUGUCAGUGCCGGAAUACCAAGAAAUCCAUGGGAAGAUGAUGUCUGGCCACGUAGAGUAUCACAUUGUCGUUGUUACCCGACUGGCUGCCUUCAAAUCAGCAAAGCACAAGCCUGAAGAUGUAGUUCAAUUUAUGGUUUCCAAGAAGUACAGCGAGAUAGAGGAGCUCUACCAGAGACUGGCGGCACGAUAUCCACAGGCUUCUCUUCCGCUCUUGCCUAGAAAAGUUCUCUUCGUGGGGGAAUCUGACAUCUGUGAACGAAGAGCUAUGUUCAAUGAUAUAAUGAAAUUCAUCUCAAAAGAUGAGGAUCUAGCAACAAGUCCUGAGUUACUGGAAUUUUUAGGAACAAAAUCUACUAGUGCCAUUGACUUCAAGGGAAAAAACAUUCCUGAUGACAAGGAGAAAGAAGAUGAAGAAAAUGAGGGACUGGAUUUUUUCAAAGAGGAGAAGACACCUGACUUAAUCUCACAGCUGUCAUCAGUGGAAAAUGCCAAAAAAGGGGAGAAAAAAGAAGAGGAGGAGGAGGAAGAAGAGUUAGACCCUCUUGGUAUAAUCAGAACUAAAAGAACAAAGAAGGCAUCUGCUCCUCCAACAAAGCAAGAGAAACCCAGAUUAACCAUUUUUGAAGAGGAACUAGAUCCAGAUGAAGGACUCUUUGGCCCAGAAAAAGAUUUCUCAUCAAUUGGUCCCAGGAAGAAAAUGAAAGAGAAUCUGAAGUUAUUUGAAGAUCCAGACCUUGGUGGGGUGGUAAGACUGGGUGACUCACUGCUGCUGCCAGCUGCCUGUAAGAAUAGGGAGUAUGUGCUGAAUACAGAUCCUGAGGAGGACACUGAAGAACUGCUGAGAGUUGAAGAUGAUUUAGAGCAAGUCUUGAAAGUAACCUCCAAACCAAAACCUAAAGUACCAUCAAAACCACCACUGCCUCAGAAGCCAGCAGUUGCCCCCAGGAGCAGUAAUUCUCCACUGGCAAAGCCAAAGGAAAACAGGAUUCAGACAAUGAAUGAAGUGGACAUUCUCCAGUAUAUCCAGGAAAAUGAAUCUAUCAACAACCAAGAUACAAGUCUUUUUUGAACAUAUGUAUUUACCAAACUCCCAGUGAGCUCAACUGAUGGUAGCAAGAGUUGACCAGAUGUCUUUACCGUCACAGUGCUCAUUUGUGUACCAUGAUAUAGAGAGCAGCAAGUUCGAAUAGCAGAGGCUCGACAUCACGUUUUCAAAACAGUGCAGUUGUGGUAUAAUGUUGCCUUAGAUUUUCAGGAUUUUACAGGGAACGUGGAUAAGGACCUAGCACUACAGAUUGUCUACUACUAUUUUAGUAUCAACAUAGUACAGUUUCAGCCAGUUAGUCCUGAUUGAAAAUGGUAAGCUUGUUGCACACAUGGCAACUGUGAAUAGUGUCCAGCAAAUGGUCUGAGGCAGGACAGGAUGCUGUUCCUGUCAUUUUAGACAGUCUAUUUCAGCCCACUGGAAAGGUCACUUUCCUUUUAUCCUGUGCAUUCUUAUAGCAGCCCUUUCCUCCCUGACUGGUAUUUCAGUAAUUUAUAAGCAGGAACUGUUAAGUAUAGGUAACGGUUCCUCUAUAGUUCAGAGAAACAC